GCACUGGUCAAACGGCACGGUGGGAUUUCCAAAACCGGACACAAUAUAAGCCGUUUGACUGCCGCUGGUGUUUGUAAAAAAAAACCCGUGGUUCGGAAUUGGGAGCAGCUUGCUUCCAUACACACGCACUGCUCGUAACGGUGUGCACGGUUUCGGUUGGACACUCUACUGGCGUGUUAAGUGUACAGGCACACGCGGGUGAAAGAAAUCACUGGGUCCGAACGGUGGCGGAAACCGAUCUCGUUAAAGCAAAAUAAAGUGUAGCAUAAUUGUGAUGCUGCGUGUGUGUGUGUGCGCGCGUCUCGGUGACUUUUUUUUAAGUGUUGGAAGAAAAAAUAUUAAAUAAAUAACGGUUCCGUUUGGGGCUUUUUGGGUAGAAUUGCCUUUUUUUGGUGCUCUCUCUCUUUCUCUCCCUUGCUGCCAUUGCCUUCUUUGGAGCAUUCUAUCCUUGUUUUACGUUCGGUGAAUGUGCGGCGUUCUCACUCAACCAACAACAGCCUGUGAUUUAUCCCCCGCGGUCCACUGUACCGUCGAGCGUGUGCGUGCGUGUGCGUGUGUGUGUGUGUGGAUUAAUGUGCCGUUUCCGUGAAUUAUCGUGCGAAGUGUGUGGCGCGUCCGGGUUUUCACCGCAGCAAGACAGUUCCUCGAUCGAUUUCGGUUGCGAAACUGCAAUGGCGCAUUGGUGAGUGUGGUUGUGCUGCCGUUCUCCCUCUCUCGCCAAACCAGCAAAACCCACCAAUACCACAGCCCGCCGCGGGUUUUUAUUAUUUGCAACUCCGUCCAAACAAAACUUCUGUGUGCUGUGGCGUUCUUGUGCGCCCUCGGUCGGUAACGCAACGGCCUAAUCCGCUCAGGCGACGGUGAAGCCGGCGGUGAAGUGGAGCCGCAAGACCACCCUAUCAACCGAACGAAACCCGCAAAGGGCCAAUCAACCCGACCAAAAACAGCAACCAACCAUUCAACCACACAUAGCGAUAAUAGGGGCCCUGCCGGAGCAUUCCAAUGCAGAGCUGUGUAGCGUAAGCGUAUAAGCCGGUUGUGGAAGGGGCUAAGAAAAGCAAUAGGACGAGAAGGGUCGAGAAGGCACCCCGGACGGGUGUAGCAACGCGGGCAAAAAAGCUAAUUAGCGCUAAGGAAAGCUGGAUGUCCACCUGGAACUGAAUGGCCACGAACUUUCACUGGGAAGUAGGUGUGCGAAUAUAGCAACAAAAACACCAACCCGAACGCACACAUGUACAAGCGUGACUUUAUCAUUACCAGCAGCAUUUACGCCUACACCGGUAAUGGCACACGGCCGAGCUUAGCCCGCACCAAGCAGCGACUCGGAUCGAUCGAUUUGCGAAAAAGCCUCUGAACGAAAUUGGUUCAAAGGGAAAAAGGCGUUCGGAAAAACGGGGUGAAGCAGCGUGUCCGAAGGUAUAGUGCGGCCCCUAAGUACCAUGUGUGCUUCGGCGUCCCCGGUGCAUACCUGAAGCAAUCGGAAGGAAAGUCUUGAGCCGAAGGGAGAAAGGAAAGCACGAACGCAUCAACCUGCGGGUGUCCUUCAACUCUACCUCAAGAAGAAGAAGAAGAAGAACAGUCCUGCCGGGUAGGCAAGUUGUGAUAAAAGCAAAGAGCUGGAGGAAGCGAGCGCGCGCACGGAAAGGAGGAAACCAAUACGGGUCGAAACGGGUUUUGCGAACGCGCGAGGAAACUACGAAUUACUGCUCUGUACCCAUCAGCGCCAAAAGGGAAGGCUACCACGGAGACUAGCAACGUGGCUGAAGGAAACGGUCAAGGUCGUUUCGUAAGACAAACGCCACCAGCCCACAAUGUUACCCACGUAUCAGCGGGUCGGGAGCGGUGCGGGCGGUGGAGCCGGUACGGCAAACGGAUCGACCGUCACGAACCCACUGCUCGGCCGGCGUUCGUUCCGGUCGCGGGAAAAGUGUCUCAUCCUGCUCGUCCUCUCCACGUUCGGGUUCGUGUGCUUCGGGGGCUUCUUCUUCCUGCCGGACAACUUUAGCGCGGACCGGGUGCUGAAAGCGUACAAACAGUUUCAGCGAGCCGGGCCGGAAAUAUUCAUACCGGCGCCACCGCCCGCCCACGGCCGUACCGGCGAGGAGGACAUCCACAAGCAGGACGAUCGCGUGAAGCUGCAGGAAAAGAUACGGAAGGAGCUGCCGGACGAUUUUCUCGAAAAACCCGACACCGGUGGUGGAGACGAUGGGGGUGGUGGUGGUGGUGGUGGUGGAGGAGGCGGUGAGGAAACCGAUGCCGGUGAGCAGCGGGCGGGUGGCGGACCGAUCGACGUACCGGACCAAGCGAACCGCUUGCCCGGCGGUGUCGGUGUUGUGGCCGGCCCGGCCAUCGAGGGCCCGGAUGGGGUAGUGCAACCGCCCCAGAAUGGGCUGGAGCAGGAGGAAGCGGAGCAGGCGGACAGGCGUCAUCAGCAGGGUGCACCACGGUUCCCGGCCGGGCUUAUCUUUAAUGCGUCCGUUGGCGAAGAUCCGGAUCGAGCUGUGCGUGAAAAACGCAACAAAGUGAAGGAGAUGAUGGUGCACGCCUGGAGCAACUACAAGCUGUACGCGUGGGGCAAGAACGAGCUUCGACCACUCUCCAAGCGUGGCCACAGCAACAGCAUCUUCGGUUCGUUCGAUCUCGGCGCCACGAUCGUGGACGGGCUCGACACGCUCUACCUGAUGGGGCUGCACAAAGAGUUCGACGAGGGGCGCGAGUGGGUCGAGCGUAAGUUUACGCUCGAGAAUGUGGACGCGGAGCUGUCGGUGUUCGAGACGAACAUUCGCUUCAUCGGCGGGUUUCUCACCUGCUACGCCUUUACCGGCGAUCGGCUGUUCCUGGAGAAGGCACGCUACGUUGCGGAUAAGCUGCUGCCCGCGUUCCAAACACCGACCGGUAUCCCGUACGCGCUCGUUAACGUACACAAUGGGGUGAGCAAAAAUUAUGGCUGGGCAAGCGGCGGCAGCAGCAUCCUGUCCGAGUUCGGCACGCUUCACAUGGAGUUUGCCUACCUGAGCGAUAUUAGCGGCGACACGGUGUACCGGGAGCGCGUGCAAACGAUACGCGCCGUGCUGAAGGACAUCGAGAAGCCGAAGGGCCUGUACCCGAACUAUCUGAACCCGAAAACGGGCAAGUGGGGCCAGCAGCACAUGUCGCUCGGUGCGCUCGGGGACAGCUUCUACGAGUAUCUGCUGAAGGCGUGGAUCCAGUCCGGGCACGAGGAUUGGGAGGCGCGCGAAAUGUAUGACGACGCGAUGCAGGCAAUCAUCAAGCACAUGGUGCGCAGCACACCGAGCGGGCUGACGUACGUGUCGGACAUGAAGUUCGACCGGCUCGAGCACAAGAUGGACCAUCUGGCAUGUUUUGCGGGUGGUCUGUUUGGGUUGGGCGGUACCUCGCUGAACAAUCAGUAUUCCCAGCAGUACAUGGAGAUUGGCGAAGGGCUGACGAACACCUGCCACGAAAGCUACAUCCGCACGUACACCCGGCUAGGGCCUGAAUCGUUCCGGUUCAACGAUGGGGUGGAGGCGAAAGCACUGAAGGCGCAGGAGAAAUACUACAUCCUGCGGCCGGAAACGUUCGAAAGCUACUUCAUCAUGUGGCGGUUGACGCACGACCAAAAGUACCGUGACUGGGGUUGGGAUGCUGUACAGGCACUCGAAAAACACUGUCGCACGCCGACCGGAUACACCGGGCUGAAGAACGUGUAUCUCACCGAACCGGUGAAGGAUGAUGUGCAGCAAAGUUUCUUCCUCGCUGAAACGCUUAAGUACCUCUAUCUGCUGUUUUCGGACGAUUCACUGCUGCCCUUGGACGACUGGGUGUUCAAUACGGAGGCACACCCGCUGCCGGUGAAGGACCGUAAUCCACUGUAUCGUCCUGCGGCCGGUUCCAGUUCGCCGUAAGCCGCGGUACUAUCGGAAGCGGAACCACGAUCGGGGCCACAGUUUCGUUUCGGAGUGCCGUUGCGCCACGAUUUAAAACACACACGACACCAACACACACACACACAGACAAAACCAAACGCAAGAUUUCUUAUCCCGUAUCUCAAUUUUACGGGGGGUGGCUUCACGUCGUAGUACCCCGCACGCGUAAGAGUUUUCCGACGAUGGAAAACGACAGCCCGACCAACGAUUUGAGCAGCAAGUUUUAGGCUUAAAACAAGACAAAGCAAUAAGCAAACGAACCGGGGGGGAGAGCGUAGAUUUGACGCAAACACACCAUGGGUGGUAAGAAAAACAAGACAAUUCGAGAUACACAACAUGUUGGCUGCGGUGUCUACCGCAUUGCACACAAAUCACCUCUAUAUUCUAGCAGCAAAUCGUCUACUUUAGUUAAGCAAAUUGUUACCGUAUUGUGUCUGUUUUGAUAGCAAAUCGUUUGAGAUGCUUGCUUUUUGGUUGAUAUUAUCCCCUUUAAAUCAUUAAAUAAAAUUAAAUCCUCUAUCUGGUUCGUUCCUGGGUUCGUUCCACGUCUAGUAUGCCUGAAACGGGGGCCCAUGACCCUAGCGAGGUCGUUAAGCCAAGAAGAAGAGGAAUACAAAAAUGCCCUUUAGCAAAGUAAAACUACCGACUGUGCGUGACCGACAACAGACCCAAAUCUGACUGGGUGGACAAUCUGUUGCUAGAAUGGUGCAAUUUGGGUACAAGACUGAAGACUGUUGUUUAACGCGGACUUGCGGAUCGUUUGUUUUUUUUUUUUUUAACCAGGAUAAUGCCUGUAUUGCGCCUACAGUUUUACGUGCCAAUAAAGUGUUUGUGUGUGUGUGUGUGGGAGAGAGAGAGAAACAGAUAGAUAAGGAUGAGAUAGGGAGCACCGGGGUAGGCCCUCGCGAUGUGCCGCCGACAUAGGAGCGAUAGCAACGCACACAGACACACAUACACACGUUUCGACAGGAGGAUCCCGUUUAUCAUAUCCCGAAAGUAAGAGUUAGUAGCAAAAAUAAGACGACCACAAACCGUGUGUGUGUAUGGCAUCGCUCCCCAGAGAGAGAGAGAGAGGCCUAGAGACGAAUGUUGAUUGAUUAAUUUUAAAUAGUUUUGGUUUUCUUUUUUUUAACACUGUGUUGAUAUUUAUGUGUGUCUCUGUGAAACAUCCCCCCCCCCCCCCCCCCCCCCCACCUGCACGGUUGCUGAACCAUCAUUGUGAUUCUCUGCGUCGGUUAGAGGAAGAAACACGCGGACACAAAGCAGGAAGAAAUCUACUUGCACGCGUCGGCUCUGCACGCUAGCGAGGUUGCACCGCGGCAGGUUUAUAAAUAUAUAUAUAUGAAUAUAUAGCAAAUACGAUUAAACUUAUCGAAAAAAGAAAUGGCAACCAAUUAUAAGCUAGACAAUUUUGUGCACCUCGAUACACUAUACUUACACUAGGUAGCGUAGCGUGUGUGUGUGUGUGUGAAAAAGCGUGUUUAGGGUAUAUUUUUGGGGCACCAGCUCACACAUCUGCAGCGCACACACCUUCCAAUUCCAACUCCUUUGAUAUUGUGGUGGGUGUGUGUUGGUGUUCGGUUGGAAAUAGUGAUGUG